AUGCUGCGGCUGCUGGUGGCGCUGUUGGCUGCGGCGCAGGCCGAGCUCCACGCAGAUCAGCUGGGCCCCUCCGUGCAGGACGUGCAGAAGAACGCGCACAACACGACGCACAACACUUCGCACAACACUUCGCACAAGAUCUCCGACUCGGACGGUCACAACGCCACGCAUCACGCGCUUUUCAAGGCUUUCGACAAGGCAUCCGAUCUGGCUUCGGACAAGACUUCACAUGAGUCGAAGGAGGUAGCAAAAGAGGCGGAGCUGGCAGUAGAGACGGUGGCGGACGCCGCAGCGGAGGUGGCUCAGGAGACGGCGGCAGAGACCGCCAACGAGGCGCAGAACGAGGUCGCAUCGGAGGCCACGAAGACGCAGGAGGUGGCUGAGGAAAAGGAGCGGGCUCUCAGCAAAGCGGCCCUGCGCCGGGAGAGGCAGAAGCACCGCCAGCACCAGGAGCACCAGCAGGUUCUUGAAGAACGCCGGGCCAUACGGGCGCGGAGGAUGGCGGAGCGGGAGGAGAGGCGUCAGAUGCAGAUCCCAAUCAAGGACAGCAUCAUAAAGCUGGAUCCUCGACUGGCGGGCGUGAAGAUCAACCGGCUGAUCGACGGCUUCCUCUCUGCCCAACCCGUGGCCGUCAACUCCGACAUCUCGCAGAAGCGCCCGCUGGUCUUCAUGCAUCAGGCCAAAUCCGGUGGCACUUCCCUCAGGCAGUCGUUGCACCAGGCUGCACAUAAUCUCGGGCUGAAAACCUACAUCCCCUGCCACGAUGUCGACUGCCAGGAGUACAACACCGUGGGCCACAAAGCUGCCAUCUACGGCGGGCACUUCUGCUGGACCUCUUUGGCCAAAGACUUCGCAGCCCGUGGCGUAAACGACUUCUCCUGUGUGACUAUCUUCAGGGACCCGGUGCCCCGGGUCCUGUCCUGCUACUCCUACCGCCUUGUGGGGAAGCUGGGUUCCGCCCCCACUUGUGUGGCCGACGUGCCCCCGGAGAAGCUGAAGAGCGAGCUCGUGGGCCACGCCUGUGUCGACGAGCCCUUCCGGAGGAUCGGAGACUGCAACGCAGCAGGUGAAAUCGAGCACUUUCACACGAAUCAGGAGCGCGUGCAAGGCUGGAGCCUAACCUUGGGGCACCUGUCGAAGUGCGUUCCCUUGAUCAUCGAGGAGCCUGAGUCGUACAAGGUUGCUGCCGCCGCAUUCCCGCAACUGGCACGCGCUUUCCUCGACCUGGGGGAGGUCAAGCUGAACGCGAACAAGCAGUACGACAGCCAGUGCCACCCAACGCCUUCGCACCUUCGGGCUGUCCGCGCGGUGACGUCGCAAGAGUCUAGGAUCUACAGGGCUGCCAGAAAGCGAAUGUGGCAAUUGCACAGGCUCCUGGUGAAGUGA